CAAUUCCGUCACCAAAGAUGCCUUCUGCCAAGAAACAAAAGACGGCGCGGGGUUCCAAGGCCAGUAGCUCAAGCACGGCCUCUGCCCCGGCGCCCCCGCCCAACAAGAACAGCAGUGCCACGAAUGAGCAGGAUGGAGCCAGUUCGGAAGAGGGCGAAGAUCCAGCGCCAUACGACUACAUCUGCAUCCCUCGCCACUUCUUCGAUUUCCAGGGCGAGAAUUGGUUGGCACGGCAAAACAAGUCGUCCGACUACGUCUCUAACAAGACAUUCAAUAAACGCUACAAAUCCUACCUGGAAGAAGUGGUAAAGAUGAAUCUUUUCAAAGCCUCACCUAGUGAUCAUCCAGGGCACAAAUGGGUGAUUAUGUGGAAUGCAUAUUUAAAAAUGGAUUUGCUUGGUCGAAAAGCAGAGUACUGCAACCCUGACAACUUCAACAUGAACAUGUACACUGAUUGGAGAGGCUGGGGGAUGCAAGAAAUCUUGGAAAGAGAGAUGAUCGCAUUCGACAAGGCAUUCCGUUCCAAAGGACCCAUGCGCAUUGAAGACAUGUGGGUCAUAAUUAGUGCCAUAGGACUGUGGCUCAAUAAUGAAGACUACAUGGACGUACUCAUCCACAACGAAGAUGGCGACACCACAUGCGAGCUCAUUGGUCUUCUUGUCUGCGCGCUGCUCACAGUCCUUGCAGCUAUAGAGGAUGCAGGUGAACUCAAGCCUGAUUCACGUUUCCUGGACCUGACACUCGUCAUUGGUUACUAUCUUGAACUGUUGCACGACCUCCCCGAUUAUGGUAUCGAGGGUGACUGUAUCCGCGGACGCAAAGAAGUCGUAAACUACUUCAAGAAAGGCAACUUGGACACUGAUAAAGCUCUUUCUACUACAAAAGUGCGAUUGGAAAAGCUGGAGAAAGUGAAUGAGUAUGAUGAGGAAAUACCGCAGGAGAGCACCGAGGAGAAUACAGGAUCGGGGGUCAUACAAGCAUCUCAAUCGUCAACACCCGCCAAGGGCAAAGGCAAAGCCAAAGGCAAGGGCAAGAGGAAGAGGAACGAGGAUGACGUUGAGGGUGAAACAAGCGCAACCAAAAAGAAAGCCGAUGUUUGGGAUUGGACUGGAAAUUUCAAGAAAUACAAAAAGGGACGUUGGCCAGUGAUGGGUGGUGAACAUUAUGACAUCACAAAGAUGUCCAGAUCUGACCGAGCAGAGGCGGCAUACGAUGGCAAGGAUCCUCUUGCUGACAUACCGGUUAAGGAUCUCAAGAACAACUUGAUUGAUAUUUUGUGAUAGUCUGAGUUAUUGGGUGCGCUUCUGGGUAUGAAUGGGGAAGUGGUGUUUAACAAGUUCGGUUAUUUCAAAAGUUUCGUCAUCUCAAAGCAACGUUCUGAUUGUAGAUCAGUAUUCGACACUAUUGCACGCGUCCCCGGCUG